AUGGCUUGUCACCUUUACUGCUUCUGUUGUCACCUCAUUUCUGCUGCGAACUGUGCACCACACGAGACCGACAUUGCCACUGCCGGACUCGCGAUUUCAAAGCCACUACCGGACUCGGUCUUGGAUAGCGAGGCCGGUUUGCUUGGCGAUAUGGAUGUCACCACCACAUGUCGCGCCCCCUAUUUUUCCCCAUCCCCACCACGACAAAACUCCAACGGUCCUUUUGAGCCUGUUGUGUUUAAUGAUGAUGAAGCAUUGGAUUUACAAAGCUCAAGCAACAAUACUAGUGAUACAACAACAGAUGGAUCAUCUCUUGAAAAGUUAUUAAUGAAAACAUAUACUGAGGUUCCAGCCGUGCCAAGGUUGACUGUUGUUGAUGAUUUUACGGUUUUGGUCCAUCUUAAAGCGCCCACUUCUACAGUUAACCAGAAUUCACGAGCCCCGAUUGAUCUUGUAACUGUAACAACCGGCACAAAGCUAGCAUUACUUAAACGGGUCAUGGGUUUUGUGAUACAGAAUCUAGGACCGGCCGAUAGGCUGUCAGUGAUUGCAUUUUCUUCCACUGCCUGUCACCUCUUCCCACUCAGGAAAAUGUCUAUGACAGGGAAGCAACACGCCUUCCAGGAUGUCAAUUCGCUGGUAGCACAGGGUGCAACAAAUAUUGCUGAAGGGUUGAGAAUGAGUGGUAAAGUGAUGGAAGACCGCCGUGAGAAAAACCCCGUUGCUGGUAUACUGCUCUUCUCUGAUGGUAAAGAUACUUAUGGUAUGAGCAGCAGUUUGGUUUCAGGGAUCCAAUUUCCGAUCUACUCCUUUGGUUUUGGGGCGGACCAUGAUGCUAGGGGGACAUUUUCAUUCAUUGAAAACGAAAAUGUGAUUCAAGACGCAUUUGCUCAAUGCAUCGCUGGACUUCUAAGCGUCGUGGUCAAAGGUCUACAAGUGACUGUUGAGAGUGCAAACCCGAACAUUCUGUUAAGAUCUUUAAAGGCUGGUAGUUACAAGAAUCAAUUAAUGCCAGAUAGGAAAUCGGGGUGUGUUGAUUUUGGGGAUUUGUAUGCUGAUGAAGAAUGGGAUUUUCUCGUCUCUGUCAACAUCCCAGAGGAGAUGGUCUUCAGACCAGAAAAUAUUGUUUCAGUUCAGGUUGAUAAACAAAGAAACCAGUUACAAUCAGCAGAGGCCAUGGAACAAGCAAGAAAAGCAACCGAAGAGGGUGAUUUAAGACGAGCUGUUAGUAUACUUGAGAAUUUUCGGAAGGUGCUCUCUGAAACCAUAUCUGCUAAAUUAGGAGACCACCUUUGUAUGGCACUAGAUGUUGAGCUCAAGGAAUUGCAAGACAAAAUGACUAGUAGGCAUACGUAUGAGCAUUCAGGAAGAGCUAAUGUGUUAUCAGUUCUAAGCUCGCACCAGAGUCAAAGAGCCGCGGCUUAUGGAGGAAACUUCGAAUGUGGAGGAACCUUUGAUGCAAUUGGUGCUUGUGGAGCAAACUAUCAAACUCCAGCAAUGGCUGCGAUGAUAAAACAGUCCCAGACUGAUUCUGGUUUCAAGAAGCUAAUUAAGAUAUUCACAAGAAAGAAAUGA